CGCGCUUGGUCCCUCCGGCUUGCCGUCCGCUGCCGGCAGCCUGUUCAGGACUUCAGAGCGAGGAGACGGUGCUGCGUUGGGAAGGAGCGAUGGACGCCGAGGUGGGCGAGCCCGACGCCUUCGAUGCGAUUGUCAUGGCGGAGACGAAAUUUCAUGGUGAAGGCUAUCAAGAAGGUUAUGCUGAAGGAAUUUACGCUGGUGCCAUUGAAGGAAGGCAGUACGGAAUACAGCAGGGUGCCAUCGUUGGGUUAGAAAUCGGAUCAUAUCUUGGCUUUGCAGUGACUUGGAAGCGGUUACUUCCUAAAGGCUCAGAUGAAAAGCAGAGUAAAAAGAUAAAAGUGCUAGAAUCAUUAAUACAGAUGAUUGAGAAAUUUCCCAGUGAGGAUCCUGUCUAUGUCAAUCUUCAAGAAGAUCUUGAGAAAAUCAGAGGACGAUUUAAACAGGCUUGUUCAUUGCUACAUGUUCCAUCCGAUUUUAAACUUGGUUCUGAAGGAUCUGCCCUUACAUUCUGAAAACAUGAGCAGAGGAAAAAACAUUGAAAGGAUGCAAAGAAAUGGUGAAAUAUUGGGAGGAGAAAUUGAAGCUGAAAGAGACUUUUUCCUUCUACAUAGAAGGUUCAUUUUUGUUCAGGGAUAAAGCCAUUGCCUUUUGCAUUCUUUGAAUCACAGUGUCAGUUGAGUUUGGACCCUGCAGUUUAAGGAAGCAGUGACUUCACUGUGAGCCUAACACUUAAAAUACCGCUUCAGAAUUUAAUAUUGGCCAUUGGCCUAGAACAUAAUUAAACCUCAAAAAACAAACAAACCACAGUCCAUUCUACUACCAGUGCAAUGUACGUUGGAGGUUAACUCCAAAACAAUCUAAGGAAUUUUCAUGUAUGUUUCCUAAGUGCUCUUGAAAGAUUCCUUUGAAAAAUUUACAUUCUGUUGGGUAUAUGCAUAAUGAUGUAUUUCACUAUAUUAGUGCAAAGGAACAUAGUAAAUUAAUCUGUGUAACAGAUGUUAUUCAUGUAUGUAAAUGCAUGAUGAUGAUUUUGGUUUUUAUAAAGGUGAUAUGGUCUCAGAUGACACAUCACACAAGUUGCCUGACCUGUAUGUAUUCAAGCAAGCUUUGUUUAAGAGAAUGUUGCUUAUGUGAAGUGAAACAAGUGGGAGAAAUUCCAGGGGUGCAAAAUUUCUACGACAGGGAUAAAAUAAAUACGUGUUACUUGGAUUGCAGGCUCCAUUCAGUUGGGGCCACUGGAAUUUCUCUCUCUCCUCCACUUCCUUGACUCUUCCAUUAAUUACGCAAAGGUGGCAACCUUAUCUCCAAGCUUUAGGCAGGACAAUUAAAGGUACCUAUAUUCCUUGCUGCCUUUUAUUAUUAAUGCUUCAGGGUAUUGUGAAGGUCACAUACAUGCAGUUCAAAGUGGGUUUGAAGCUUUGUUUUUAAAACAUUUUUUUCUGCACACUGCAUCUCAAGUCUUUUCCCUCCAGUAUACCUAGAAGGGAAUGUAAACCACUUCUGUGUAUUCUCUAUCUGGAAAGCCCUAGAAAGGGUCAUUAUAAGUCAGGAAUGAAAUAAGAGCAUGCAGCUGUUUCUGUUAAUAUCUCCACUCAGCCUAAUGAAGAAAACAAUAUUCUUUGGGGUUGUUUAUUAUUGUUGUAGUGAUAUGUGAACAACACAUUGUAACAACCACCUCACUCCCCCCCUCCUCUUCCUCCUCCAAGUUUGAAGCUCAGGUAACGUGCUUAGAGUCCAAGGACUAAAUGAGGCUAUGAGAGAGGUGCAGAGACCUCCCAUUGCCUACAUUACAUUGCUGUGCUGCAUACAUGCUGGAGGGGGACGGGAAGAAAGAAAGUAAGGCCAUAAUAAAUGCUUUUGAAUGGAUGGGGAAUCUGGUGCCAUCCAGAUAUCUUUGUGCCUUCCUUCCAAUAGGCUUUGAUGGCAAGCAAUGUUGAAUUGCAGUCCAACACCUAGUGGACUUCGUGUUCUGCAAUAGAGCUGCAUCCCUUUUAGCAAUAGAGCUGCGCCCACAAGAGAAGGGUUGUACUCUUACACUUAAACUGUUGACUUUCCUUGUAGUGCUUAAAGCACUGAAUAGAUUGUAAUGAACAAACAGUUGGUUAAGGGCCACCUAGUGGGAAAAAUAAUUAUAUCAACGAGAAAUCUUGAAGAUUGAAACCAAUCUUUAAAAUGAACAAAGGGGUCAGUUUUGGAAACAGCGUAUUGAACAUAAAAGCCAGACAAAUUUAUCAUGCGGUGUCCUAUUUUAUGUUGUCUGACAUGUUCUUUUAGCUUGGUCGUGUUGCAAAAUUGGAUGCAAUGCAGGUAUAUCUCAGUUUUCCUUUUAAUUUCACUUGGAUGCAAUUUUGACUUAAGAGUCAAGUGUAAGCAUGCCUUUGUCCCACAAUGUUUGUUUUUGUGCUGAAUAUUCGUCUUCCAUGUUUUUACAUAGUCUACUGUGGAUUGUUCAGUUGUACUUUUUAUUAAAGCUCUAUUGACAACUA